AUGACGAUCGGGCCGUGCCACGCAAUGGGCUCCUUGAUCUUCUUGCCCGCAAAAAGCAUCGCCGAGACGGCCUUGGAGCGCGCCGUGAGCUCGAACGUCCGCUUGGCAUCGUCGGUCGCGUCGAGGAGCGCGACUUGGUUGAUCCGGACGGGCGCCGUGUUAAGGAGCGCGUCGCCUUCGUACACAAAGAGCAUGCACGUGUCCAUGCCAGCGGGGAUGUCGUAUGUCAGCGUGCUGCUGGGUGACAGCUCAAAGUCGACCAUUUGCACAAACUGCUUGGUCUUGAACUGGCCCGUCCGGCCAUCCGAAAACGGACCCGCGAGUAGGCGCGCGUUGACGCCAGGGGACAGCUCGACCUGCGGAAUCGUCACCGGGUCUUCCGUGCCGUACGACGGGUCGUCCAUCUUGUGCUUGGCCGGGACGUUGAGCCAGAUCUGGAAGCCUUCUUCGAUCUCGCCAGCGUUAUUGGCGCCACCUUCAGCGUGCUCGAUACCGCUGCCGCAGCUGAUCCACUGCAUGCCAGGCGCGGGAAACUCUUCUCGGUUGCCCAUCGAGUCGCCGUGGCGGCCGGUGCCGCGCUUGAGGUACGUCAUGAUGUCCAUGCCGCGGUGCGGGUGCCAGCCGAUGGGAAAGUCGUCCGGGUGGGCGGCGCGCCCGUCGCUCUCGAUGAUGAGGUGGUCGCACAUGAGGAACGGGUCGCUCUCCGCCGACGGGAUGCCCAUUGGAAAGGCCUGGAUGACCGAGCGGUCGUCGCCGAAGGGGUGGGCGACGCCGGCGUCAACGACGCGGAUCGUGCGCAUUGUAGUGACCAUGCUCGUGUCGGCGAAGUGGCGAUUUGGAAACUGCGUUUCGGGAAGAGGCAGGCACAUCCCCAGCUGGAGCAACUUACGGCCCAAAGAUCCCAUGAUCCUGGUUUUUGAG